AUGUCGUCUCCUGCAUUGAUCCCGAAACCCAAGGACUGGGGGAACCAUAUAUCGAUCGCAGGUUUCUUCUUCCUCUCCUUGGCACACAACUAUACUCCAGCUCCAGAUCUUGCAGAAUUUCUAGCAGCAGGCGAACCACCGGUUUACAUCGGCUUUGGUUCAAUUGUUGUUGACGAUCCCAACGCUAUGACGACGCUCAUCUUUGACGCAGUCAAGGCAACUGGAAAACGAGCCUUAGUCUCGAAAGGUUGGGGUGGCCUGGGAGGUGACGAUCUCAACGUACCCGAAGGUGUCUUCAUGCUUGGUAAUGUUCCACAUGACUGGUUGUUUCAGCACGUCGCAGCUGUCGUUCAUCACGGUGGUGCUGGUACCACUGCUGCAGGUAUAGCAGCAGGUCGACCUACGGUUGUGGUACCGUUCUUUGGUGACCAACCUUUCUGGGGCUCCAUGGUAGCCAAAGCUGGCGCUGGGCCCGAGCCCAUUCCAUACAAAGACCUCACGGCGGAGAAGCUGGCCGAUGCUAUAAGAGAGGCUUUGAAACCCGAGUCCCUUGCCAAAGCCGCGGAGCUCUCGGCCAAGAUCGCAAAGGAACAAGGAGCCCAAGUCGGAGCUCAGUCAUUCCACCAAAUGCUCAAGUACGAUGAUCUAAGGUUCCGCCCGCGCGAAUACAUGCCGGAUGAAGGGCCUUGGGAUCCGAUCACUGGCGCUGCCUCUGCCCUCGUCGGUACUGCCGGACAAAUGAUGAUGGGCGUAGCGGAUUUCCCUAUUGAGACUUUGAAACUUCUCAACAUCCAUCCCGACUCCUCACGCAAAGGCAAAGGCAAAGCGAAGCAAACUGAAAAUGACAGCACAACCGAAUCCGGUUCGCAAGCUGGCCGCGGGCAGGCAUCACGGACUACCACGAACGUGGGAUCAGGGACCGCGGGCAGCAUCCCCGCACAGACACCGAACGGUCUGGUUUCAUGGCUCAAGCAAUGGCUCAAUCUUCUGAAGUAUCACAUUCUCGGUCGCCAUCGCGAGAUCGCACCCGUCUCCAACCAGGAUCCAGCCGCAGCCGUAGAUCAAGUCAAGGCCGUGCGGCGUCGCCUCGGAGACAGGCUCGGCGGCAUGGACAAAGACUCCAUCGUUGGCACGGGCAAAGGCGUUGGUAGAAUUGUUGGCGCUGGCUUCAAGUCGCCUUUAGACUUCUCAAUGAACGUUGCGCAGGGGUUCCACAAUGUGCCGAAGUUGUAUGGCGGUGACGUGAGACAGGUCGAUAAGGUCACCAACUUGCAGAGCGGCCUGAAGGUUGCUGCGAAGCAAUUCGGGUUCGGUCUCUACGAUGGCAUAGCCGGACUCGCCCUUGACCCUUAUAAAGGCGCUAAGAAAGAAGGUGGCUUGGGUUUUGUCAAAGGCGUCGGCCGCGGCAUCUUCAGCGUCCCCUUCCGCGUCAUGGGCGGCGCCUUCUCCGUUCCGGCGUACGCGAUGAAAGGCCUCUACCAGGAAAUGCUCAAAAACCAGGGCUCGGGAGUGCAAAAUUACGUCAUUGCAGCGCGCAUCUCGCAGGGCUACGAUGAGGCAUCAGUGUUGUCGACGGCCGAGAAGCAAGAUAUUGUCAAUAGAUGGAGAUGCAUCAAGACCAACGUCAAGAAGAAGAAGAACCCAGGCGAGGAACAAUUUCAAGCCUUACACAGCUACAUGUCGGAGAGAAGGGAGAAGAAGGAGAAAGGCCGUUGGGCGAAGUCUAGGAGGCAAGAGACCGCUCCUGGUGCUGACGAUCCCCGUCUGUACAUGACGGACGGCAGAGGCUCUCUGGACCUCCCAGAACCCCUUAUUCGUUCGGAGACUGCGGCGAGUACGGCUAUCACGAGGAGUCAUAGAGGGAUCCACGACCCCAUACAUCUGCUUCACCAUGCUCGUACUUACCCUGAACCUGCACACCCGCACAACAAUGUACCAGCUCCCCAUCAAGUCCAACUGGUUAACAACGACGAAGCAGCCGAGCGCCACGAACUCGAGACAGCAAUCAAAGCUUCCGUUGCCGAGACCUCGCGCGGCAACUCCGAGGAAGACGAGCUCAUCGCGCGCGCGAUCCGCGCCUCAAUGGUCGAACUCCAGCGUGAGCCAGAGAGCGGUGAAACGGAAGAACAAGCGCUGCAACGCGCGAUGACAGCCAGCAUGGAGGAAGCACAAAAGAGUGGCGUGUCCGAGGAAGAACAACGCAUUCUCGAAGACACGCUGCGCUCUUCUAUGUUGGAAACGUCACGUGCACGCCGCGAGCACGGCUCAGACUCGGAGUGGGAUUCCUCCGAUACUGAAGACGAUGAAGAGUAUCAACGCAUUCUCGCUGAGUCUGAGAAACUGCACCAUCUCCAUUCGAAGGAGGAGAACCACGAUGAGUACUUUUCUAGCAUAGUGGGCGCGCGCGAGGCUGUCGACACGCAGGAAGAAGCGACUAGAAAGGAGGAGGAAGAAGCAUUACGCAAAGCGAUCGAGGAGAGCGAGCGCCAGGACAGAGAGCAUAAACUUAACCUCGAGAAACAGAGAACUGAGGAGGAUAUCGUCAUGGAGUAUGUGAAGAAGCAAAGCUUGGCGGAGGCGCAGCAUAGUCAGAGGCUGAAGCAGGGGAGGGAUGUUGGUGGUGAGAGCUCGGGUGCUGGAGGGAGUGGGCCGGCGUAG